AUUCCAUUCGAAACAUUCAUGGGUAGUGAUGCUGCGUAAUGUCGGAAUUCCCCGACUGCUUCUGUCAGAGUCGCCGAGCUUUAAUCGUCCGGAGGCACCGCUGUCCCCGAGUCCACAGUCCGACAUGUUCACCGGAGACUCUCUCGUCUACCCUGACUCCUGAGACAUCGCCCACCAGUAGCUCACAGAUGGGCAGCGAAGUAAUAUGACUUGGAGUAUGCAGACCAUGAGUAAGUAGCAGUGAUCACACGGAGUCAUCUGCAGGACCGCCCCGAGAUGCUGGAGGUCGGUCUGAGAGUUGUCAGAGGCUGGGAUUGGAAAUGGGCCGACCAGGACGGAGGCGAGGGCCACGCGGGCACCGUCGUGGAGAUUGGCAAGCCUCCCGUUCCUACCGGGAACGCGGCCUCCAACGUCAAUCAUGCUGACAAGACUCCUGACAAGACUGUCAUCGUACAAUGGGACCAUGGCGCCAGGAGCAAUUAUCGCAUCGGCUAUCAGGAUGCCCAUGACCUGCUGGUCUUUGACAAUGCUGCAGCAGGAGUCAAGCAUCAGAAUAUCCUCUGCGAUUGUUGUAAGAAACACGGUAUCAGAGGUAUACGAUGGAAGUGCUCGCAGUGCAGAGAUUACGACUUAUGUACUCAGUGUUAUAUGUCCGAUGCACACGACAUGAGCCAUGCCUUUCAAAGAUUUUUAACGGCGAAUUCUGCCGGGAUUCUAUUGACGAGUAGAGAAAAUUGUACAAAAAUACCUUUGAAGGGAAUUUUUAAGGGAGCCAAAGUUAUUAGAGGACCUGACUGGGAAUGGGGUAAUCAGGAUGGCGGUAAAGGAAAGACUGGAAUAGUACAUGACGUUCGCGGCUGGGAUAAUGAAAGCAGUCGAUCUGUAGCCACUGUGACUUGGUCCUCUGGAAGCACCAAUGUCUACAGACUGGGCUACAAAGGAUGCGUGGACCUGUGUUGCGUUCAAGCAGUCAGCGCAGGCUGGUCUUACUACAAAGAACACCUUCCUGUUUUGGGCCAAGUGUCUGCAAUUGUACCACCAAACGAAAACGUAUCUUCAAAUGCUGUAAAUAUAUCAAAUCCUCCCAGUCCUAGUCAUAUAGUUUUUAUGGUCGGUGAUAAAGUCAAGGUGUUGAUGGACGUUGACACCUUGAAGGGUAUGCAGAUCGGCCACGGCGGAUGGAACCCGCGGAUGGCUGACGAUAUCGGAAAGGUUGGUACUGUACAUCGAAUUACUGACAAAGGUGAUAUUCGCGUUCAAUACGACGGGUGCAAUAACAGGUGGACGUUUCAUCCCAGAGCUCUGACGAAAGUUAGUAGCAAAGAAAGUUUUGCCGUGGGUGACAUAGUAAAGAUAAAAUCGGACGCUAACACAGUCAAGCAUUACCAGAGAGGCCACGGCGAAUGGAUAGACGUGAUGAAAACGGCUCUAGGCCAAGCUGGCAAAGUCAUCAAAAUUUAUCCCGACGGGGAUAUGAGGGUGCAAAUAGGAGUUCACACUUGGACGUUCAAUCCCUUAAGUGUAACCUUAGUUCCAUCAGGCGUCGAUGCUCCUGGUACUUUCCCAGAUGCUUUUAGAGGCAUAACGAGACAAGAUAACUCGGAUGUAGAAGUGGAGAAAUUACUGCGAGACGCUGCAAGGGGCAAGGCAGGUAUACCAGCUGUAAAAGAGUUCCUACGAAAAAAUCCCGGUAGAGUAGACGCGAGAGGUGGUCCCGGUGGCGGUCGUAAGACCUGUCUCCAAGUUGCCGCUCACCAGGGACAGCGAGAGUUGUGCGUCCUACUGCUGGACGCUGGUGCUUCGCUCUUCGCCAUGGACGAGGAUGGCGAUACUCCGCUUCACUAUGCAGCGUUUGGCAAUCAACCAGAGCUGAUAGAACUGCUGCUAUCCAGAGGCGCAGCCAUAGACGCGGUAAACAACGGCAAGUGCUCAGCCCUUCAUGUGGCUGUAAAUAAGCAGCACUCGGAGUGCGUUAAAACUCUACUACGUCAUGGUUGCAAUGUCAACCUUCAAGACUCAUACGGAGAUACGACGAUGCACGAUGCCAUUGGCAAAGAUAUGGUGGACAUUGUUGACGCCCUUUGCGAGUGCUCGAGCCUCGACUUAACGCUUAGGAAUAAGCGAGGAUUCAACGUGCUGCAUCAUGCCGCCCUCAAGGGAAAUGCCCAUGCAAUGGAGCGGCUAGUUCAUCGAGCGCGUCAAUUGGUUGACAUAAAAAAGGAAGAUGGCUUCGCAGCCCUCCACUUAGCCGCAUUGAAUGGCCAUUACGAGGUGGCGGCGAGUCUGUUAACCGGGGGUCGAGCACAAAUCGACCUGCAAAAUAACCGGCGCCAAACGCCGUUGCACCUGGCCACGUCCCAGGGUCACUGGAGCCUAGUAGAGCUGUUAGUUAGCCACGAUGCCGACAUUACGAGUACCGAUGAGGAUGGCGACACAGCUUUACAUAUCGCCAUAGCCAAGAGUCAUUACCAAACGGGAAGCGCUGUGCCUCCCGCCGUCAACUUGGAGACGGUCGGAUUGUAUUCGAUAUGGCAGGACCUAGCGAGACAAAGUGCAAAGACUGAGCUAACACUGGCCUGCUAUUUGGUCAGCAACGAUUCAAGCGGUACGUUAUUCGAGCAGGCGAGAAACUCUAAAGGCAAAACGCCGCUGGAUCUCUUGCUAGCCGACCCAGAGAUCGCUCCAUUCGCCAAUUUGGUCAAGUCCUUCCAGGGACAACGUCGUACUAACCACAACAGACCGAUUCUGGAUAGCGCGGAACCACCAAUUUAUCAGAUCGAGACGGUCAGCCCUUCCGAAGUGGGCAGCAACGACGCGUCUUGGUCUGGCAGAGGAUCUAAUUGUGACAACUGUCAGAGGCAGGCUCCACCGCUGAACACUGGUAACGAGGAUGUGAAUAGACUGGAUGGACCUGGAGGCAGUGUUGGCGAGUGUACAAAUUGUACUCAGUGUGGGUGUUCUUUUGGAAAAUCGCAGAUGUAUCACGAUUCCCAGUUGAAUAGGGAAGAGUUGGAGAAAGAAGUUGAACGCGAGAAGUCGAAAAACAGCUAUUCCGAUAAAAAUAAGGAUGCCAGAGAGAAGGAUAAGGACUUGGAAAGAUUAAGAUACCUCGAGACGAGAAUAGCGGAUUUGGAAGAGGCGAAUAUGUGUAGUAUUUGUAUGGAACGUAGACGGAACGUUGCUUUUCUCUGUGGUCAUGGCGCCUGUGAACACUGUGCUGCUCCGUUGAAAACGUGCCACAUGUGUCGCCAAACCAUUACCAAAAAAAUCAAUUUAUAUUAGAGAGGCUGGGUUUGAUAAAAAAAAACAAAACGAAAAAAACUUUUAGUAGGGUUUCAGAAAAUAAAGCAAGAAUAUUAGGUUUUUAUUUAUUGAAUACUGUCAUUUUAUUUUGAUUUCUUUCAUGCUUUGCUUUUCAAAUUCAUUCCAGCUUUGUUUUUUCUUUUGUUUUAUAUAUAAAAAAAACUACCGCUAAUUUUGUCAGCGUUUGACUGGUGCAAUUACAGUAGUCAAUGAAUAAAAACUAUAAUAAAAAUAAUCAAUGACCCAUCAACAACCAGUAAAGCCGACUUUUUUCGGUGAGCUUCAAUCGUACCCCUGCAAGUGUAAACGAACUGCCAAAAGAAAUUUUUAAUGUUCAAUUCCAAUUGCUUUUUUCUACCAAGCGUAUCGCCGAGAAGUCUGAAGAAUUUUCCAUCGUAUCUAUGUACCAUAUCGUGCCAUAAUACCAAAUUUAGAAAAAUUUAAUAAUCGAAAACAUUUUACAAUGUACGAGUCGGCGCGUUGUUCAGUCGGUCAUCGCGUUUCCCGUCCAUUCGUUCGCGCCCAAGAUCGUCCAUGCCUUUAAUACCGGACCUCUUUUUUAGCCAGAAAGUAUAAAACUAGGAUUCUUUUAUAUAUUCUUUUGUUGCUUGCCUUGAUGUUAUUCUCACGUUCGAACGUGGCAUCGGAAUCACGAAAUUCCUUUCCUUUAUAGUGAAUUUUUUAGAAGUAAAUAAUGCAUUCCAAAGUCGUUUAAAACUCUUUGGAAUCGUAGAUAAAAAUCAGGAAAAACAAGUUUUUCUAAAGUACUUGUACCAUUCUUAUCGUAUUCUUUAUUCAAUUUUUUUUAUAUGCGAUGCACUGCUUUUGUUUAUUGUACAUUAUUUGUAAAUAUUUUAUCUCAAAUUAACUUUUGAACUAUAUUUUAAAGUGAUAUCACUUAAUUAUUUUAGAAAGUUUCAAGGAUAACUAUUAUUUAUAUAUUUAUAUAUACUAGUUGUUGUUUUGAAAAGAUUCUCGAACCGUAUUCUGUAUUAAAUUAAAAGUAAUGAAAAAUGUCUUAUACGGUUCGUUUUCGUGCAAUCUAUCAUUUUACUGAAUGCUAGGAGUUAAAUGUAUUUAAAAAAAAAUACAUUAUCAUGCUAAUUUCCAUAAUCAUUUGUACAUUUACCCAAGACAAGACCAAUUUCUCUUAAAACACCGAACCACGGGGUUACUUAUUUUGAUGAUUUUUGUUCUCGAUUAUUUUUGUAAUAGUAGUUGUAUUGUCAUUAAGCCUGUACUGCGUGUACUACAAAAAUGAAUUUAGGAUAUAAAACCGUAAUAGCGUAAUUUAAAGCAUCGAUAAGUUUCUACGAUUGUAUAAUUAACAUAAAUGGUAAUUAAAAUAAAUUCAAUUCAAUCAA